GCUGUGGACUGGACUGGACUGGCUCAGCGGCCCUUUUUAAUCACGUUGAAUGCAUUUUCAAGCUUUUCGUCGUUACGGAAACUGAUGCCAACGAUUCCUAAGGAGGCGAUGGGCUGGUGUGCAGGUGAGCCAACGUGAGAACAGGCUCCCCACCGAAAGGAACCGCUUCGCACAUGGGAACCGUGUCACCACCAGACCUUAUCCGCAUUUUAACACUUUAAAAGACGGACUCUGCAGCACAGAGACAUGUCUAAAGACAGCAUGACAGAUGUGCGGGGAGCCCAUUCAGCUAAGGAGAAUGGACACGUCGCGCCGAGCCCCGCUCAGCCCAGCGCCAACUUUCCCCAUCCCUCACCCGACGAUACCCCGGUGUCUUCGACCAGCGAGUUGACCCAGACAUGGCUCCACGUCGCUAAAACGUUCAUUCUAAUUUUCCCCAUUUACGCACUGGGCUAUUUUGAGUUCAGUUUCAGCUGGCUGUUGAUUGGACUUGUUAUCUUUUUCUGGUGGAGGAGAAACACUGGAGGCAAGCACACUCGACUGAGCCGAGCUCUUGCUUUCUUUGAGCAAGAGGAGAGAAGUAUCAAGCAGAGUCUUACCACCUCUGAUUUGCCACCAUGGGUCCACUUCCCAGAUGUAGAGCGAGUUGAGUGGCUGAACAAGACAGUGAAGCAGAUGUGGCCUUAUAUCUGCAAGUUUGUGGAGAAAUUAUUUCACGAGACGAUUGAGCCGGCGGUGAAGGAGUCAAACGCCCACCUCAGCACCUUCUGCUUCAGCAAGAUCGACAUGGGAGACAAACCUCUUAGGGUCAACGGGGUCAAGGUUUAUACGGAAAAUGUGGAUAAGCGCCAGAUCAUCAUGGACCUACAGAUCAGCUUUGUCGGCAACACAGAGAUUGACGUAGACAUCAAACGCUACUACUGCAAAGCCGGCAUUAAGAGCAUCCAGAUCCACGGCGUGUUGAGAGUGGUGAUGGAGCCGUUGCUGGGCGAUAUGCCUCUCGUUGGAGCUCUGUCUGUGUUCUUUCUCAAGAAGCCGCUUCUGGAUAUAAACUGGACCGGCCUCACCAAUAUUCUUGACAUUCCUGGGCUCAAUGGCUUCUCCGACAAUCUGAUUCAAGACAUUAUCUACAGCUAUCUGGUUUUACCCAAUCGUAUCACCAUCCCACUGGUCAGGGAUGUGGAACUGGCCAAGCUGCGCUUUCCCAUGCCAAAGGGAGUCCUGAGGAUUCACUUCCUGGAGGCUCAGGAUCUAGAAGGGAAGGACACAUUUCUGGGCGGGCUGAUCAAGGGCAAGUCUGACCCAUACGGCGUCCUGCAGAUCGGCAACCAGCUGUUCCAGAGCAAGGCGGUGAAGGAAAGCCUCCAUCCUAAAUGGAACGAAGUUUACGAGGCUUUGGUGUACGAGCACUCGGGUCAACACCUGGAGAUUGAGCUGUUUGAUGAAGAUCCUGACAAAGAUGAUUUCCUGGGGAGCCUGAUGAUCGAUAUGACUGAGCUGCACAAAGAACAGAAAGUUGAUGAGUGGUUUGAUCUGGAAGAAACUCCUACUGGGAAACUCCACUUAAAGCUAGAGUGGUUGUCUCUGCUCUCCACUCCUGCAAAGCUGGACCAGGUGCUGCGAAGUGUGCGUGCAGACAGGAGCCUGGCCAAUGACGGACUAUCGUCAGCACUGCUCGUGGUCAAUCUGGACUCAGCAAAGAACCUGCCUAGCAACCUGUCAGAUUUCACCUAUGACGGGUUGAAGCAAGUCUCAGUCUUUAAGGCCCUGAAGUCUGGAAAGAAGAGCAGCAGCGAGCCCAGUCCUUAUGUCCAAUUCACUGUUGGACACAAAACACUUGAGAGCAAGAUCCGGUACAAGACCAAGGAGCCUCUGUGGGACGAUUGUUUCUCAUUCUUUGUUCACAAUCCCAGGAGGCAGGAGCUCGAGCUGGAGGUAAAAGAUGACAAACACAAGUGCACCCUGGGUAAUUUGACUGUGCCUUUGAGCGGCCUAUUGGCGGAGGAGGACAUGACGCUGACUCAGUGCUUUCCACUCAAGAACUCCGGGCCGAGCUCCAUCAUCCGACUGAAGAUGGCCCUGAGGAUCCUGUCCCUGGAGAAGCAGGUAUCCUCAGACCAACCCUCCUCCGUCCAGGUCAGAAAGUCCAGUGUGCCACAGCCAACCAAACCCCCCACGAUCCAGAGACGAUCAGUCUCUGAUUCCCCGCUGCCUCCCCCCACGCCUCCGCCGCCUAUCAACGCCUCCACCCUCACCCUCCAGCACAGGGACGGCGAGCCGUACUCAGCCAGCCCUCUCCGCAGCGUCUCCAACCUCAGCACCUGCAUGUCCAGCUCCCAGAAACACCUGCCUCAUAAGGAGUCCACGCCCAGCCUGGCCUCGGAUAUCUCCCUGCCCUUUGCCACUUUGGAGCUUCAGCAAAGGCUUCGACAGCUGCAGAAUGGCUCGGCCCCCAGCCAGUACCCCCUGGGCGAGGUCCAACUGACUGUCCGACACAGCUCCCAGAGGAACAAACUCAUUGUGGUGGCACACGCCUGCCGUAACUUGAUAGCCUUCACCAAAGACGGCUCGGAUCCCUUCAUCCGCCUCUAUUUGCUGCCUGACAAGAGCCGGACGGGGAGGAGGAAGACCAGCACAGUGAAGAGGACCCUUAACCCUGUUUAUGAUCAAACGUUUGAAUUUAGUGUAUCUAUGGUGGAGCUCCACAGGAGAACUCUGGAUGUAGCAGUGAAGAACGGAGGGAGCAUCCUGUCCAAACACAAAGGGCUUUUGGGGAAGGUGCUUGUAGAUUUAAGUGGGGAGGAUAUAUCAAAAGGAUGGACACAAUGGUAUAAUCUGAGUGAAGAUGGCGUGUCGUCUCAAGGCAUAAGAAAUGACUCCCUCGUCACAUAGUGAAACCGCCUCUCUGCUGUAAUAUAGUGAUCUUGUUAAUAUGAGGGCACAUCAUUUUGUUGUAUCCAUGUACGUUAUCAUAUAGUUUACAGGACAUAUUUCAGCAUGCAGGACAUUUUCCAAACAUUUCCGAUCAUUAUUUCAUCAAUGGGAGUUAUUGUAACAUAUUGUAAUGCGUUGAAACACACUAACUGCCUUGUCUCAGUGUUUAAUGUAAAUAUCGAGUUGCUAAUAUGUACGAAUUUGCAGGGGUUUUUGUGGCAUUAUAUUUUUCCUGAAGGGAAAUUAUAUUGAAAUACGUCAAAAUUGUUAUUGCUUUCUGUCCAAUUUGUUCAAAUGUGACUGUUUUGUCUGAGAAAACUCUUACCAAAGGAACAGAAACAAUCACAGAAGUAGGCUUAAGUAGCAGUCUUGAAUUUAAUAUUUUUUGUCAUGCAGUGUUAUUUGAUUGUUUACCUCUUAUUGUUCUUUAUGCUUGAUUACAAACAUGGAAUGCACAUAUGCAAAUGAUAAAAUGAUUGCUUUGUUUAUUGUGAGAGGACUUUGUGCAAUAUAGGAUGUUAUUGAAGACCUGGGGGGCGUUUUAGGGCUAUGAACAAGUGCUGUACACUAUGAAGGAUACUUGAAUAAGAGUUUGAUUGAUGUUCAAACCAAACACGAGUUAAAAGAACUGAAUGAUCUGAGCAGAGACAACAGUUAUUGUAUUUCAUGAGCAGGGCUGCCAGAAUGUGUUAAGAUGACACAGCUAUGUUGUGAGGCUUGUACAUGUUUUGCCACGCACUCAUAACUGUUGGAGGUUUUGAAUACUUUUCUUGUUAUCUUUCCUGUGCCUUAAUAAAAACCUGCUAUGUAAUUUUUGCCUUCUUAAUGUUAUUAUUUUGAAUGAUAUGAUGAUAUGACGCCUCGUGGGUUUUGAGGAAUAAAUGGUUUCUCUUGUGAAAAUUG